AUGGAAUCUGGCAUGGAAGAGAUCCCAGUUAAAGUUGCAGUUCGAAUCAGACCUCUGCUUUCCAGUGAAGUACAUGAUAACCACCAAGUCUGUGUGAGAGCAGUCCCACAUACACAACAAAUUCUCUUUAGGAAGGAACAUGCCUACACUUUUGAUUUUGUAUUUGGUGAAAUCUCAACCCAAGAGGAAGUUUAUACUGUUUGCAUUAAGCCUCUUCUGGUAUCCUUGACUGAGGGAUACAAUGCUACAGUAUUUGCAUAUGGACAAACAGGUUCUGGGAAGACUUACACCAUUGGAACUGGACAGAUUGCAUCAGUUGCAGAGAAUGAAAUGGGCAUAAUUCCACGGGCUAUUCAUGAAUUAUUUCAGCAUAUUUCUGAAAACCCUAAUGUUGACUUCCAUGUGAAAGUAUCUUAUGUAGAGGUUUACAAGGAAGAACUUCGAGACUUAUUGGAGUUGGAGACACCUGUGAAAAAAUUACGUAUCCAAGAAGAUAAAAAGGGAACUAUAGUGAUUGUUGGUGCUAAGGAAUUUCAAGUAGAAUGUGCAGAUGAAGUGAUAAGCCUGUUGGAAAGUGGCAAUUCAGCUCGUCACACAGGCAGAACACGAGUUAAUGAGCACUCUAGUCGAUCUCAUGCUGUUUUCACCAUCGGUAUUUGUCAGAAACAGUCUGCAGAAUCUCAAAAAAAGACUGAUGCUGCACAGGAUUCAUCUAGGAAAUCAGUCCCAAUGAUUGCUUCAAAGUUUCAUUUUGUGGAUUUGGCAGGAUCAGAGAGGGUGACAAAGACUGGAAGUACUGGUGAACGCUUUAAAGAAUCAGUUCAGAUAAAUAGUGGUCUGCUUGUCUUGGGAAAUGUCAUCAGAGCCCUUGGAGACCCAAAAAAGAAAAGGGGACAUAUUCCAUACAGGGAUGCUAAAAUCACUCAUAUUCUGAAAGACUCUCUUGGAGGAAGUUCCAAGACUGUCAUGAUAACAUGUAUAAGUCCAUCCUCAUCAGACUUACAUGAAUCUUUACAUUCCCUCAAAUAUGCCAACAGAGUCAAAAACAUUAGAAAUAAAGUAGUUGUAAACUACAACCUGGAUCAUGACCAGACUGAUGAAAUGGAACUUGAAAAGAGAUGGCUUCUAGGAGCUUUGCAGUGUUCACAUGACUUAAAUCAAGAAAGAAUUUGUGUCAGGUCACUGCAGGAGCAGAACACCCAGCUUCAGUUUCAAUGUGUGAAUUAUAGAAACUGUGUAGAUGAAGUCUUCUCAUUUCUGGUUGAUUUGAACAAUAAUGUUAGCUUGAAAAGAAGCCAGCAGGACAGGUUGCAGAGAUUGAUCACCAUGAUACAGGAAGUAAGGAAGGAAGCUCUCACCACACAGGAAACUGACACAGAGACUGGGACCAGCCAAGCGCCACAUGACAUCACAAUUCUCCAACUAAACAGGGAACUAAAGAAACAUGAGCAGAGUGUAGUGAUGGAUGAAGAAGUAUUUAGCCUGAAGAAUCAGGAACCGCAUACACUGCAGGACCAGAGAAAGACAUUACUACAGGAAAAUGAGGAACUACUGGAAUCUUUAAAGGAGGCUCGAGAAACACGUAAGUUACAGAUAAAACAGAACAAGAAUUUAAACCACUGGUGUAACACUGCUACAGUUACAAAACAACAAAAUGUUGAUUCUCCUUUGAAACUGGAGGAGAACUAUAAUAUAUUCCUGGAGAACGUUUUACUUGUCCUAGAACAAGAUAGGGAAGGUAUUGCAGAAACCUUGAAAGGCUGUGAAGUAAAUGUCCAGCAACUGGAAAAAGACACAUUUCUCUACAAGAAAACCAGCAGAGAGCUGAAGAAGAAAUUGAAGGUCCGCUCUGGAGAGUCAUCCCAUCAAUUAUUGGCAUCCACUAAAUGUCACAGUGCUGGUGACAAGACAGCUAGUCAAGAUGAAGCAGAAGUUGCUUCUGAAGGAUUCAAGUCAACAUUAAACACCAAAACAAAUAGUCAACCAGGGAAAAUAAAAGAAACAGACAAAAUAAGUAGUUUCAAUGCACAGCAGAAUUCAUACGAGCUUGGUGAUCAUCUUACAGAAUUUGGGUGCAACAAAGGAUGUUUGUCAAGUGCUGGUGAUGACAGAAGAGGAACAGAUGAAGCUCAACCUUCAGAAUCUCAUCUGCAGCUACCUUCUGCCACUGACAGAAGAGAAACCAUAACACAGUUUCAAGGAGUAACUCCAAUACCACUAUCUCGCCGAGAGCUACGUUGUAUUCCUCCCUCUGAAUUAUCUUUGAGACGAUUCAGCCUUGGAGUUGGUGUCAGUUCUAUUGCUCCAGAUUCCAUCGAAAUGGACAAAAAAUGA